GCGGUGGCGGCGGGGCGCGGGUGGCCGAGCCCGGUGCCCACUCCUCGGGAGGCCAGGAGCUGCGGCGGGGGCAGCCUCACCGGCCGGCCGAGGGGCCCCUCUCCCGCCCUGCAUGAGCUAGGGCAGCGCUUCCCCGGGGACGCCAGGAGCUGCACCAUCCGCCCCGAGGGAUGUCCACGGCCGCCUUGCUGACCUUGGUCAGGGGUGGCGGGCCGCGGGUGCGCCCCAGGGCGCUGCUGAGCCGCCGCCUGCCGCGGGCCGACGGGCACCCGCCCUGCGCCGGGCUCCGCGCCACCUCCGCGCCGCGCUUCUCGCGCUUCGACCCCGAUGGCAGCGGGCGCCCCGCCACCUGGGACAGCUUCGGCAUCUGGGACAACCGCAUCGACGAGCCCAUCCUGCUGCCGCCCAGCAUCAAGUACGGCAAGCCCAUCCCCAAGGUGAGCCUGGCCCGCGUGGGCUGCGCCUCGCAGAUCGGGAAGCGCCGGGAGAACGAGGACCGCUUCGACUUCGCGCAGCUCACCGACGACGUGCUCUACUUCGCCGUGUUCGACGGGCACGGGGGCCCCGGCGCCGCCGACUUCUGCCACACGCACAUGGAGGCGCGCAUCCUGGAUUUGCUUCCUAAGGAGAAAAACUUGGAAACGGUCUUGACUUUGGCUUUUCUAGAAAUAGAUAAAGCCUUUUCCAGGCACGCCCACCUGUCUGCUGAUGCCACCCUGCUGACCUCUGGGACCACGGCGACGGUCGCCCUGUUGCGGGACGGCAUCGAGCUGGUGGUAGCCAGUGUUGGGGACAGCCGGGCGAUUUUGUGCCGAAAAGGAAAGGCGGUGAAGCUGACUAUUGACCAUACCCCGGAGAGAAAAGACGAGAAAGAAAGGAUCAAGAAGCACGGCGGCUUUGUGGCCUGGAACAGCCUGGGGCAGCCGCACGUCAAUGGGCGCCUCGCCAUGACCAGGAGCCUCGGGGACCUGGACCUGAAGGCUAGUGGCGUGAUCGCGGAGCCCGAGACCAAGCGGAUCAAGCUUCAUCACGCUGACGACAGCUUCCUGGUCCUCACGACAGAUGGGAUCAACUUCAUGGUGAACAGUCAGGAGAUUUGCGACUUUGUCAACCAGUGCCACGACCCCAACGAAGCAGCCCGGGCAGUCACUGAGCAGGCCAUCCAGUACGGCACUGAAGACAACAGCACGGCCGUGGUGGUGCCUUUCGGCGCAUGGGGCAAGUACAAGAACUCUGAGGUCAACUUCUCCUUCAGCAGAAGCUUCGCUUCCAGCGGACGGUGGGCCUGACGGCAGUUGCUUCACCUGGAGUUUGCAGUUUCUCCACCGGCAAGUCACUGAUUCGUUCCACUGUCCACCGUGCCAGAGCCACCUCAUGACUCCCUCGAUCAAAUCCAAGUCAGUGUCCCCUCAGUAGCUACUUCACCCGCUUCGUAUUUAUGUUCCACUGAACACACUCAGUGUAUGCGUGUAAUUCUAGUUGAGGAAGCUCAUGAAAAAGCGGUUUUGAUACACCUGCCGGGUGUUAAGUUUCUCCUUUUCAAAACUCUUAGGCAGCUCUGGGUUACUGUUGGUCAUUUAUUUCUUCACUCAUAUAUAUGAAUAGUUCCUGCCUUCAGAUUUGUCGAAACUCAUCAGUAUUUCGAUGACUACUCAGUGUGCUAGCUACAAGGGUUUGUUUUUAAUAAUUGUGCCUCAGCGUAAAUCUAAAACCCAAAUUUUCUGUAUUUUGGAUUCUGGACUAGUCAGUGGUAAAUAUAAUGAAAUAUAAUGGUGUAAAAGGAUUGAAUACAGAUAACAUGGCAUGACUGAGUCAUAAGCCUCUUUAGGAAAAUGCACUGUUGGGAUGUACGGAGCAAUAGAACAGCGGGGAGGGGGCUUGCCUUGCGCAUAGCCGACCCGGGUUCCACCCCCAGCAUCCCAUAAGGUCCCCAGAGCACUAUUAGGAGUGAUUCCUGAGCACAGAGCCAAGAGUAAGCCCUGAGCAUCAUUGAAUGUAACCCCCACAAAAAAAGCCGAAGGGGAAAAAAAAAAAAAGCAAAAUGCACUAUGUAUUCCAGCCGUCACAAUCUUAUGAUCUCUAUCCCAAAUUUAUUCCUUUCGGUAACUAAGAAACUGUAGAGAUGUGCCUGUUCUUUUAUGUCAGAAAAGGUACUGAGCCUAAGUGUCAGUGCUAGACAAAGUUAAAUGCUGAUGUUGCCAAGUGCUUUGUAUACAGUUUCCUCCAUGAUGGCUAACUCUUUUUUUUUUGUUUGUUUUGUAUAUAGUAUGUCCAUAUCACUUUCUGUGAUGGCAUCAGCAAGUUGGGGUGUUUGUAAAGUAAUAUCAAGUGAUGAGGCGACAGCUAUCAUUGUCAUCGUUUGACUGUUUCUAAGUCUCAUAACAAGGAAUAAAUCUAGAACAAAUUCUAUAUUUCAGCCUGCUGUGAAUCGGGAGUGUAAAAUUGUGCUUUUUUUAUCUGCCUGUAUGUCGGGUGUUAAAAUGUGAAUCUCUAGCUGUGUGCUUGGAAUUAUCAAUGCAGUUUAUUUCUACAGAUGGUAUGAACUUGCUGUAUGCGUGAGUGUAGAUACAGAUGUAUUUUAGAGUAAAAGAAAAUCAGAAGGAAUGGCACUGUAUGGAUGCUUCCACCAGUUAACUGUAAAUUAUUGAUGCUUAUCCCGAAGGACUCUUGACAAAAAUGAGGCUUUUUGUGUGUCUGGUUUUUUGAAGUGCUGGGAAUCUCAUGCAGGUCUCGGGAGUGCAAAGCUUGUCCUCCAUCCCGUAAAGCAGUUUAAUAAUUGAGAAGAACCUUUGACUAUUGGCAAAUGAAGAAAUAGAUGCAAAGACUGGGAGGAAGAAUCAAACCCAAAAACUGGACAAGAGUGUUGAAACUACACUGUUGCUGCCUAGUGGUGUGCAGAGUAUCUGGAGUAACAGGAUGGGAGAAAAACACCGUUAAGAAUGUUAACACCGUUUUGUUGUAGAAAACAAGAAAAACAAAAAUGGUAUAGUGUACCUUAAAACUCUGUUAUCAGGAGUUGGUUAUUUUCUUUAAGUUUUAUUUAAAGGCUUCUUAGGAAGAAAGGGACCAAUCUAAACAAUGCAUAUUUUCUCCUUGCCUUUUUGGGGAGUGGAAGAAGAGAAACCUUGAGUUUUCCUGCCUGUAUUAAUAAAGAAUUAUCCUUUGGGAGGAAAAAAGGAAACAGUUUCAGGUUCUUGUUUUUGUUUCUAAGAAGUUUGGUGAGAGAGAAAUAGAACAGGAGAGAAUAUAAUCACCUAGAAUACAGAACCUGGGGGUGAAGACAUAUGACAGGGGUUCCCCAAAACACCCUACCACCACUGCCGAAAGAGAGGGAGGGAGGGAGAGAGAGAAAGGGAGAGGGAGAAAGAGAGAAGGAGACAGAUACAGAUACUAAUAACCUGUAUUUAGGAGCUUAGAGAUUUCCCAAGUGGGGACAGAAUGACCAUAUAGCGGGCGGGGCUCUUGCCUUACACACAGCCAACUGUAUUGUAUCCCCAGUGCUAUAUCGCGUUCUCCCAAGCCCCCACUAGAGUAAUUUCUGAGUCCUGAGCCUGGAGUAAGCCCUGAGUACUAUCGGGUGUGGCCCCAAAACAAAAGCGAAAUAAUUCUCCAGUCACCAGUAGGUAAAUCUAAAGUAUAAAAUGUCCAUCUGUGGAUAUAGGUUUCCUUUUGGUUCUAUUUUCCUAACACUUUUCCUCUUGCUUUAAAAAUGGAGGGUGGGGGGCUGGAGAGAUAGCACAGCGGGUAGGGCGUUUGCCAACCCGGGUUCAAUUCCCAGCAUCCCAUAUGGUCCCCUGAGCACCGCCAGGAGUAACCCCAGUGCAUCGCCAGGUGUGACCCAAAAAGAAAAAAAAAUGGAGGGUGGGAAAUGAUGAGUGAUGUUGUGGACUUAAGUGUUUGAAGAACCACUGACGGAGGCCAGGGUGAGGGUAACAGGUAGGUAGGGUCACAUGCUUCUGACCUCGGCUCGAAUCCCGGACACCGUCCAUCGUCCCCUGAGCCCUGCCAGGUGCGAUCACUGAGCAUAGAGCCAGGAGUCAGCCCUGAGCACUGCCAGGUGUGGCCCCAAAUCCCUCCCCGCCCCCACAAAAAUCAGUGAAGCAGGAAUCAGGGAUGCAGCUUCGUGGUCGAGCACUUACCUUGGAUUUGUGAGCUUCUGGAAAUUAGCAAAAUUUAGCACUGCAAAAUUAAGAAUUUUUUUUUUAACCCCAGGAAUAUUGCUCAAAGGAUGAAAACCUGACGGGUUCAGUCUCUACCACCAAUGGUCCCUGGAGCAUGGGGUAAUGGGUCGCCUCUAAUUGCUGUGAUUUGUCACCCUGUGGUUGUGGGGCGGGGGUGGCAGGUGGAUUGAGAUGGAUUGGCAGGCUGAACAAAAGAGUUGGUAGAGUGUAGCCUAAAGUCUGACGGGGGCUUUUUCACCUGAAGACCCUGAAACUGUCACCGCUGGCAAAAACAGAAAGAAGAGCGGUAUUAUUUUUUAAACCACUGUGUUGAAGUCAUCCGUGUUUUAUUAUGACUUAUUAAAGGAGCAUGCAUCUGUUAGGCUUCUAAAUCUUCCUGGGAGUUAUGCAAAUAGUCAUGAAGAAUGGACUGUUCGAAGUAAACUUAGUGCAAUGACUGUGAAUUUGCCAUAUGGUUAUUACCAUGUGGGUAUUGUUAUGGUAAAUUAUAUUAAUGUAAAUAAACUUCACUCAACUCUGA